AUGCUAUUGAUCGCAGACAAACUUGAGUAUGAGGAAGAACAAGAGGAAACUGCAGAGGAAUUUGAGGAAAACAGGCUCAGACGCAGGUAUGAACAUACUGCUGGGCGCCCUCAGACUCCAAGAAAGCGCUUCAACCAUGGGCAAGCAAAGCAGAAUAUUCUUCAUGAUUGGCUUGGCCCAUCACCACUAUAUAGUGAUGAAGAGUUCAAGGGCAAGUUUAGAAUAAGCAGAGCCAGGUUCCAGAAGAUAUUGGAAGACGUCAAAGGCCUCAACAAAUCCUUCUACAGUGAGGCACGAAACAUCACCAACCAACCAGUUGCGUCCAUUGAGGCUAGGCUAUUGCUGGCAUUGGAGUGCCUGGACUAUGGAGUAUCUGCAAAAAGCAUGGCGACUCACUAUAAGAUGUCAGCUAACUUGGCAAUCCAAGCAUGCAAAGAGUUUGACAAUGUCAUUGGCGAGCUCUAUGAGGAGGAAUUCCUCCGUGUGCCAACUGCUGAAGACCUUAGAAACAUUUCCAAAUUACAUGAGAGCAAGUUUGGUGUCAAAGGCCUCUUUGCUUUUCUCGACUGCUGCCAUAGCCAGUGGCACAAAUGCCCGAAGGCUCACCAGGGAAGUUACAAAGGGAAAGAAGGGAAGACCACCAUUGUUCUUGAAGCGGCGAGUGAUUACAACAGAUGGUUCUGGCACACUGCAUAUGGUUUUACAGGAGCAAUGAAUGACAUCAACAUUCUCCGCAGGUCUCCAUUGAUUGAGAGGCUGAUUGAUGGGAGUUUUGUGCAAGUGGAAAAGCAAAGUGGAGUUGUUCCAUUUCAGAUUGGUGAAAACGAAUUUGACAAAUGUUUCUUUCUAACAGAUGGCAUAUAUCCCAAGUAUUCAAGAUUUGUCAAAGGACUGUCAGCGCCAAUCUCACAUGCUGAUAAAAGCUUUAAUAGCUGGCAAGAAGGUGCAAGAAAAGCAAUUGAAGGAGCAUUUGGAAAUCUUGAGCAAAAGUUCAAGUUCUUCUCGUCGCCAAUCAACUUGUGGAACGUGGAUACCAUUGCAAAAAGGGUCAGAACAUGUCUGAUCUUGCACAACAUGACAGUGAGCGAUAGAGUCAUGAAUGGUGAUGUCAAUGCAAGGUAUGAUCCCAGUGCUUCUGUACAGCAUACUGCAGUACACGUUAAUGGUGAUACAGGGGCCAGGCACAACGAUGCUGCUCAUCUUGUCAUUGGUGCAAAUGUGGAGGUGACGCUCGCUGAUGAUAUGGUUCAACUAUGGAAAAGCUUGUAG